AGGUCAGUUGAGUGGCAGACUCCCUGUCGGGCUGCGCCAGGUACGAGGAGCUAGGGUCGUCCCGCCAGGGUAGAAUCCGGAACCACCGGAGGGGUACUUAAUCGGAAGCCUCCCCAACCCCGCACCCCCCCCGCCGCGAGGCCUGUAGCUGUGCACGAGAAGAGCAUUGCAGGUAGACAGCAGGGCAUGUCCAUGUGCAAAAGGCCUUGAAGAUCGGCGCGUUCCUGGAACCGAGGAAAGCACAGUUUGAGUGGAGGGAGAUUAGGCGGGGAGGUGGCAGAAGUGGACGGGAGCUAUAUUUCCUGGUCCUAUAGCUUUGGAAGCCUCUGUACAAACUGUAAGGAGUUUGUUUUAUAAUAUAGUCAGGGGUGCAGCAGUUUGCGAAUUCUGUUUAUUCAUCCAGUACAUAUGUACUGUAUGUAGGUACCAAGCUGACAUUCUAGUAAGUGAGACGGACUAUAACCAAAUCUCCUGAUGAUGGGGCGCAGCCCUGGGAUUGCCAUGCAGCACAUCAUGGGUGUGCCCCAUGUACUGGUUCGGAGGGACCUCCUUGGAAGGGACCUCUUUAUGACCAGGACUCUCUGCAGCCCAGGCCCCAGCCAGCCCAGAGAGAAAAGACCGGAGGAGGUGGCCAUCGGGCUGCAUCACCGCCUUCCAGCACUGGGAAGAACCCUGGGGCACAGCAUUCAGCAACGAGUGACCUCCACAGCCAAGACUUGGUGGGACAGAUAUGAAGAGUUCGUCGGACUCAAUGAGGUUCGAGAGGCCCAGGGAAAGGUGACGGAGGCAGAGAAAGUGUUCAUGGUGGCUCGAGGGCUUGUCGGAGAGGCUCGGGAGGACUUGGAAGUUCACCAGGCCAAGCUGAAGGAAGUGAGGGAUCGCUUGGACCGUGUCUCCAGGGAGGACAGUCAGUACUUGGAACUGGCCACUCUCGAGCACAGGAUGCUACAGGAGGAGAAGAGACUUCGCACGGCUUAUCUGCGUGCAGAAGACUCUGAGCGUGAGAAGUUCUCCCUCUUCUCUGCGGCUGUGCGGGAAAGUCACGACAAGGAGCGCACAAGGGCUGAGAGGACCAAGAACUGGUCUCUCAUUGGCUCCGUCCUGGGGGCCCUGAUUGGUGUGGCUGGCUCCACCUAUGUGAACCGUGUCCGGCUACAGGAGCUGAAGACCUUACUCCUGGAGGCACAGAAAGGGCCUGUGAGUCUUCAGGAGGUCAUUCGAGAACAGGCAUCUAGCUACUCGCUCCAGCAGAGGGACCUCCACAAUCUCAUGGUGGACUUGAGGGGCCUGGUACAUUCUGCUGGGGCAGGGCAGGGCUCUGGGUCACGGGCAGGUACUCCCCCAACCAGAGACAGAGACGUAGAUGUCCUUUCAGCUGCCUUGAAAGAGCAGUUCAGUCAUUCCAGGCAGGUCCAUUCAUGUCUAGAAGGUUUACAAGAGCGGCUUGAUGGCCUAGAAAAGACUUGUAGCCAAAUGGCUGGGGUGGUUCAGCUUGUAAAGGCUGCAGCACACCCAGGCCUGGUGGAACCAGCAGACGGGGCUAUGCCCAGCUCCCUGCUGGAGCAGGGGAGCGUGAUCUUGGCACUGUCGGACACGGAGCAGAGACUAGAAGCCCAAGUCAACAGGAACACCAUCUACAGCACCCUGGUCACCUGUGUGACAUUUGUGGCCACAUUGCCUGUGCUCUACAUGCUAUUCAGGGCCAGCUAAUCCCUGGCCCCUCCUUCGGAGGGUCUGAGGCAAUAGCUGCGCAUGUGGAUUUAGUUAGAGAGUAACAAUGAAGCAAGCCUUUGGGAGGUGCACAACCUCAGCCUGAAGGAGCAGUAUCUGUGUGGCUCACCAGCAGGCACGCUUUGCUUUGUAGGCAAGGUUCAUUUACAUUAAUUAUCAAAACAGUGCUAAUGUCCAAUUAAAAUGUCCUGAGUUUUAUUAUUUGAAA